GUUACUGAGUGUACUGAAGGUGCAUAUGCAAGCAGGACUGUCCGUUUUCUAACCUUUCCUCGCUACACGCUACAAGGCAACUCUAUGAGGAGCUGUUCUCUUUUGCUCAAUCGGCACGGAUGGGCUUGAUCAGCCAGUCAAUUAUUAGAUUAAUCAUUGGAUUUUGUUGCAACAAUAAUUGUGCUAACUGUGAGAGCAGUAACAAUGGAUACUCUGUUUACGCCAAAUGUUCCUGAUGAAGCGGAAGAUAUACCGCAAACGGACGAGCCGAUCUGGAUUUUUGGCAGGAAGCACAACGCUAUAAAAGAGCUCGAUGCUAUACGCAGGGAUAUUCGGUCGAAAUUGUGGUUUACCUAUCGCAAAGGCUUCGUCCCCAUCGGCGGCUGCAAUUCGACGUUUACAUCCGACAAGGGUUGGGGUUGUAUGUUAAGAUGCGGGCAAAUGGUACUGGCUCAAGCCUUAAUUACGUUACACUUAGGUAAAGAUUGGCAAUGGAUGCCAGAGACGAAGAAUAAGACAUACCUGAAAAUUUUGAGGCGCUUUGAAGACAAGAGAUCUGCGGCUUUUUCUAUUCAUCAAAUUGCGUUGAUGGGCGCAUCUGAGGGAAAAGAAGUCGGGCAAUGGUUCGGUCCUAAUACUAUCGCACAAGUAUUAAAAAAAUUAAUUGUAUACGACGAAUGGAGUUCUCUUACUAUACACGUUGCACUAGACAAUACAUUAAUAGUUAACGAUAUUUUGAGGCAAUGUAAAGUAGAAGGUGGUGUGACCGCAGAAGCAGAUGGAGAAAUUCCUCUAAAAGCUCCAAGCCAAUGGAAACCUUUGUUAUUAUUAAUCCCGCUACGCCUUGGACUUAGCGAGAUUAAUCCUGUAUACAUUAAUGGACUCAAGACAUCAUUUAAGAUCUCACAAUCUCUCGGAGUGAUGGGAGGGAAACCAAAUCUUGCUUUGUAUUUUAUAGGCUGUGUGGGAGAUGAGGUGAUCUAUUUAGAUCCUCACACCACACAGAGGUCAGGUAGCGUUGAAGAUAAGAUAAGCGAAGAAGAAAUUGAAAUGGAUAGCACAUAUCACUGCAAAUCAGCUAGUCGUAUUCCUAUUACAGGCAUGGAUCCUUCUGUAGCACUUUGUUUCUUUUGUGCCACAGAGAAGGAAUUUAAGUCUCUAUGUAAAUCAAUACGAGAGGAAUUAAUUUUGCCCGAAAAACAGCCAUUGUUUGAGCUGUGCACAGAGCGUCUGGCACACUGGUCACCAGCAGACGAAGCUGUUGCGGAAGCUAUAGCAGCUCCCAGUUUUGUGGACUUUGAGCACAUUGAACGUCAAUACGACACAUCUGAUGAAGACUUUGAACUGCUUGGUUGACGUCCACCUAAUCCAUCUAUUAUUGUGAUAAGAUGCGAAAUAACAACUGAAUGUUAUACAAUGAUGUUCUCAGAGAUGAUUUGUAUUUUUGACUAGUGCAAUGCAAAGUUAAAAUACACACUAACAAAACAUAAAAAUUAUACAUGUAUGUGCGCGCCCGCACGUGCAUGUGUAUACAUAUAAUUAAAUAAUU